ACAAAGCUUUUAUUCUGAAACCCGAAGAGUGAGAUGUCGACCCUCUAUUCUCCAAAUUGCUCUUCCUCGGUAAAUUAUUCCCGUCUUACCAUAUAUUCCUCUUCUUCAUCAUCUGGGUAUCAACAACGAAUUACAGUUUCUGCACUCCCUAAAAGAUUUCACAUAAAGAAUGUCUCUCUUCAGUUUCCGAGAAAUCAACGCCACAACAUCGUUCGCAUGCAAGCGGGCGAAGUGGAAGUAACUGCAUCAUUGCCUGCAAACGAUACUCCUGUGACAAGAUUCAAAGAUGAAUUGUUGAAAGUAAAAUCUUCAGAGGAAUGUAAAGAUGCUGCAAGUUUUGAUUUCAAAGAGAAGUCCACUGUCAGCAUUACUGUGGUUGGGGCCUCUGGUGACCUUGCGAAGAAGAAGAUAUUUCCUGCUCUUUUUGCACUUUAUUAUGAAGAUUGCCUCCCCGAGCAUUUUACUGUGUUUGGUUAUGCUCGGAGUAAGAUGACAGAUGCAGAACUGAGGAACAUGGUUAGCAAGACCCUUACUUGUAGAAUCGAUAAAAGGGAGAACUGUAGUGAAAAGAUGGAUCAAUUCCUAAAAAGGUGCUUUUACCAUUCUGGUCAGUAUGAUUCAGAGGAAAAUUUUGCAGAGCUAGACAAGAAGCUAAAGGAACAUGAGGGUGGUAGGGUUUCAAAUCGCCUUUACUAUUUAUCAAUUCCACCCAAUAUCUUUAUUGAUGCGGUAAGAUGUGCAAGCUCAUCGGCUUCUUCUACCAACGGCUGGACAAGGGUUAUUGUGGAAAAACCCUUUGGACGGGAUUCUGAAUCUUCCGCUGCUUUGACAAGAGGAUUGAAGCAAUACUUAGAAGAAGACCAAAUAUUUAGGAUUGACCACUAUUUGGGAAAGGAACUAGUGGAGAACCUAUCUGUGCUCCGCUUCUCCAAUCUCAUUUUUGAACCUCUAUGGUCAAGGCAGUACAUAAGAAAUGUGCAGUUGAUUUUCUCUGAAGAUUUUGGCACCGAAGGACGAGGAGGGUAUUUUGACCAUUACGGUAUUAUAAGGGACAUUAUGCAGAACCAUCUGCUUCAAAUACUAGCCCUUUUUGCCAUGGAAACUCCAGUCAGCUUGGAUGCAGAAGACAUCCGGAAUGAAAAGGUUAAAGUUCUUCGCUCAAUGAAGCCUUUGCUACUCGAAAAUGUGGUGAUAGGGCAGUAUAAGAGCCAUACCAAAGGGGGUAUUAAGUACCCAGCCUACACAGAUGAUAAAACAGUACCUAAAGACAGCCUUACUCCAACAUUUGCAGCAGCUGCACUUUUUAUUAAUAAUGCAAGAUGGGAUGGGGUGCCAUUUCUACUGAAAGCUGGGAAGGCGUUACAUACUAAGAGUGCCGAGAUAAGGGUGCAAUUCAGGCAUGUUCCUGGUAAUUUAUACAAUAAGAGUUUUGGAACCGAUCUUGAUCAAGCAACAAAUGAGCUUGUUAUUCGGGUUCAACCUGAUGAGGCUAUUUAUUUGAAGAUUAAUAAUAAGGUCCCUGGUUUGGGCAUGAGGUUGGAUAACAGUCAGCUAAAUCUUCACUAUGCAGCAAGGUAUUCUAAGGAGAUUCCAGAUGCAUAUGAAAGGCUUCUGCUUGAUGCUAUUGAAGGAGAGAGGAGGCUAUUCAUUCGGAGUGAUGAGUUGGAUGCGGCAUGGAAGCUCUUCACCCCCGUAUUGAAAGAGUUGGAGGAGAAUAAGAUAAUACCUGAGUACUACCCCUACGGGAGUCGAGGACCUGUGGGUGCCCACUACCUUGCAGCUAGAUAUAAUGUGCGAUGGGGGGACCUUGGUGCAUAGCAACUACAAUUCUGAUGGUUGAUUUGCUGCCGUUACUGUUUGGAUUCACACUAGAGGGAUACAG